CCAAAAGUUCAGACACACUGAAGAGAGAAGAAAAGCUGCAUAUUGCAGUUCCUAUGGUCGAGAUUUCUGGAGUGUCAUCAAACAAUUUAUGUUCCUAGCAUUAAACCCACACAUGAUAGAUUUUGUUGAUUGUUUCAAGGCCUGACUAGUGACUACUGAGUCUCAAGGAUGUUUCUUUAAGAAUGCAUAGUUUUUGCAUAAUGUUCUUUGGCUUCUUGUGUCAACCCGUUUAAUUCUCUCUCUUAUAACGUUUGCUUUACUGGCUCUUUCUCGUGGAUCAAAUUUUACCUAGAUACCUUUCCCAAGCUCUUUUAGUUUUGGAUAGUGCCGGGUAGUCGGGUUGAUAAAGAAUGUAUACCUGGUAAGAAACUGACAGCAUCAACACCCAGAACUUGAAGUUGAAUUGAACGGUAUAUGACUUUCUUUCACUUUCACCCAAUCAUAAAGGCAGUACAACCGGAUUACCUGGGACAGGCCUGAAAUUCUGUGCUGAGUGUCUUUUUUUACUAUUAUUAUUUUUUACAAGUGAAAACCCUAAUCUAAUGACUGAAGUGUCUCUCUGGGGAUGAGAAAAGCUGCUACCAAAGGACACAACGACAAAAUGAGCAAAGAGGUCACCUUCUGUAUUUAUUCUGUUUUCUUGUGUAUGUUGCAAUUGCCCCCAUCGAGCUCUCUAGCCAGCUCUUUGAAUCUCUUCUGAUAAAAUAAAUAAAAAAUAAAAGCUCUCUCACUCUCCAAGUAUGGCAACGAACAAGGUUGAAUCAAGUGAAGGGAGCUUUUCUAGGGGAUCACACAAUGGUGAACAAAUACAAUUCUCAUCCCAUGAGAAUCAAGAAAGGAGAACUGAACUUCAACAGAAGAAUCUGCCAGCUGAAAGGCCGAGACCUACUGGCCAGUUAACUGCUAUGGUUAGACCUUAUGUUCGCUCCGAACUUCCUCGGAUUCGCUGGACACCUCAUCUCCACCGCUGUUUUGUGCAUGCAGUUGAUAUCCUUGGAGGAGAAGACAGAGCCACUCCAAAGAAGAUCUUGAGGAUCAUGAAUGUUGAAGGUCUCACCAUGAAUCAUGUAAAAAGCCAUCUUCAGAAGUACAGAAACAUGAAACAUGAAGAACUCAUACAAGAAGCAGCAGCAGCUGCAAGAGCAAAGGCGAAUGAGAAGGGGAAGUACUCGUACCUACCUGAAUCAAUUAAUAGCUCCGCUACUCCACCCUGGAAAGAUGAGAAGAACAUGAAAACUAACCACAUCUUGUCAAAUCUAUUUUGGGGAUUAACCAAUAAUACUCGAGUACAAGUCGAUCUCUCUUCACUCUCUUCUUAUUGCUGGCUCUAA